AGCUGCAAGGACCACCACUACUUGCUUUACAACCUUAUUUAAAAUUUUACGACCAACCAGAGACUAUAUUAAGGAUUGAUUAAGGGUAAGGGUUACUCAUAGCCAUGCUCAAACUCUUAUAAAACAAAUCAGAGCCCCGUGAAACUGCUAAUUCUCCCAGAUCCAAAGACGACUGUAUCUUAAGGCAUAGUUAAAGGGCAAAGAUUACUCACACAACCAUAGUCAAACUCAGAUCCCAGUCAAAACCAUGAGAACCAAGCAUUCUUCGCAAUGUCUAGUUUUCUCUCUUGUUCUUCAAACAGUGUUUCUGACAGGGUGGGUCAAACAGAUCAAUGGCUCAAAUUUCAGCAUCAGCGAAGCCACCAUUGAUGAACUACACAAGGCUUUGGACGAGAACAAGUUGACCUCCACACAAUUGGUUGACUUUUACUUGCAGAGGAUCACCAGCUUCAAUCCCAUACUUCGCAGCGUACUGGAGGUGAACCCUGAUGCGAGAGAUCAAGCGGAGGAACGGCAGAGAAGUGAUCCACUGCGUGCGUCCUCACUGGGAUCACUCCGUGGGAUACCGGUGCUGCUCAAGGACGGCAUUGCCACCGACGACAAGCUCAACACCAGCGCAGGCUCCUUCGCGUUGCUGGGCUCCAAGGUUCCACGUGAUGCUCACGAGGUGGAGAAACUCCGGCGAGCCGGCGCCGUCAUACUCGGCAAAGCUUCUCUCUCAGAGUGGUACGGCACUCGCUCUCUCGGUCUGCCUUCGAACUGGUGCGCCAGAGGUGGCUUCGCUCUGAAUCCUUAUGUAGAAUCCGGGAAUACAUGUGGGUCAAGUUUUGGAUCGGCAAUAUCAGUGGCCACAAAUAUGGUGGCAGUUUCUCUGGGGACUGAAACCGAUGGCUCAAUUAUCUGCCCAGCCGAUCUCAACUCUGUAGUUGGCAUCAAACCCACCGUCGGUCUCACUAGCAGGGCCGGCGUUAUCCCUGUGUCACCUCGUCAAGACACUAUCGGGCCGAUAUGCAGAACAGUGUCAGACGCAGUUCAUGUGCUUGACGUGAUUGUGGGGCUUGAUCCCAGAGAUGAAGCAACAAAUUCUACAGCAGCGUAUAUACCUCAGGGUGGUUACAAGAAGUUCCUCAGAAAGGAAGGACUCGAAGGAAAGAGACUAGGAGUUGUGAGGAAUCCAUUUUCCCACCCCUAUAAUGGAUCCCUUGCCAUUUCUGUCUUUGAAAAUCAUCUCAACACCAUGAGGGAAAGGGGUGCGACUGUGGUGGAUAAUUUAGAAAUAGCCAAUAUCGGCAUCAUUCAGAAUCCUUUCUUGAGUGGUGAGUUCGUCGCCCUGUUAGCAGAAUUCAAGUUGGCUGUCAAUGAAUAUCUGAAGGACCUCAUUUCCUCUCCCGUCAGGUCACUGGCUGACAUUAUUCAAUUCAACAUCGAUCACCCUGAUCUGGAGAAGACAGAAGAGUACGGGCAAGAAAUGUUGAUUGCAUCAGAAAUGACAAGUGGGUUUGGAGAAGAAGAGGUGGAGGCAGUUAAGAGGAUGGAGGAGUUAUCAAGAGAAGGGUUUGAGAAGGUAAUGAAGGAAAAUCAAUUGGAUGGAUUGGUAACAUUGGGAUCUGAUGCUGCUACAAUGCUAGCCAUUGGAGGGUACCCAGCAAUCACAGUGCCAGGAGGGUAUGACCAAUCUGGAAUGCCCUUUGGGAUAUGUUUUGGAGGCUUGAAGGGAUCUGAACCUAAACUCAUUCAGAUUGCCUUUGACUUUGAGCAAUCCACCAUGGCUAGGAAGCCUCCUCCCUCUUCACUUGCAUCUUUCUAAUUUACUAUUUUGAGCUUUUGAGUGAUGAAUAUCUAUAUCUGUCUAUCUAUCUAUAUAUAUAUAUAUCUAUGUGUAUAUUUGGCUCAGAACAAUCCACCAAGGCCCUGGAACCUGUGAUGUGAUCAAUUGUUGAAUUUUUUUUUUUUUAAUCAGAAGAGCAGGCAUUAAAACCAA